AUGUUACUUAUUCGAUCACCAAGUAUUAUAUUUGCAUUUAUCUUUUCAAUAUUUUCAAUCCUUUUAACAAUAUUAACAGUUAAUAUUGGUUAUAAUCAUCCACAACAACAAAUUCAAUUUCUAAUAAUAUUACCACCAAUAAAUUGUAUAUUUUUAUUUUUAUUUUCAUUAAUAUGGAUUGAACGUCGUUUUCGUUUAUCAUAUAUACCAUUUAUAUGUUUAAUUAUAUUACUAACAUCAUGUUUAACAUUAACAAUAAUAUCAUAUCUAUAUUUAUUAUCAUCAAUAAUAUUGUACUUUAAUUUUAUUUUUUAUUUAUUUAUAACGAUCUUAUUGUUUUUAAUAAUUCUAAUUAUGAUUAUAUCAUAUUUUUACAAUUCAUUAUGUUCAUGUUGUUAUCGUCAUAUGAUAUCAAUGGAACAACAAAAUAAUCAAUUAUCAAUAACUAAUGAUACAUGUCAAUUUGACAAAUUUUUAUUAAAAUCAAAUGAUAAUGAAUUUUUUUUAUUUAUAUCAAAAUUAUCUAAUCAACAUAUAGAUUAUGAUAUAAAUAAUCUUGUAGAUAGUUUAAAUGAAAUUAAUGUUGAUAUAGUAUUAACAUUAAAUGAAACAAAUAAAUUCUCAUAUAUGAAUAUAACAAAUAAUAAAAAUUCUCAUAUAGAUUUAUAUUCAAUGCAUUUUAAACGUGCAAAUAUUGAACAUAUUAUAUAUCCAAUAUAUGAUCAUUGUAUACCAAAAUCAGUUAGUGAUUAUAUGCAAUUUUUAUAUAGUAUUAUAAUAAAUUUUAAUCAUAACAAUUUAUUUAUUCAUUAUAUGGGUAGAAUGGAAAGAAUUGGUAUGACUAUUGUCUGUUUUGAACUUCUUUAUAAUUAUAUUAUGAAUGAAAAUGAACAAAAAAAAGAACAAAAAUUUAUUGAACGUGUUUGUCAUUAUCCUUUGUUACUUGAAAAUUAUUGUCGGGUAUGUCAAUCUAUUUCAAAUGUAAGAAAAAUACGACCAACAAGUAUUCAUAAUCCAUUACAAAUUUUAUAUGUACAUGAAUUUUAUGCUCGUUUAAAAUCUGUAUCAUAUAUGGAACACAUCAAAAACAUUAUUAAUCUUAAUGAAAAAUACGUAAUGAACUAUUUUGAAGAAUUACAUGGACCAAUAAAUAUGUAA